AAAUGGUCUAUCUAUGAAAUGAAAAAACAAACAAAUGUUGCACACUAUGGUGGUAAGUUUCGUGGGCCUCUGUCACGGUAGAAAAUAAACGACGGUCGGACGGUGACGCAGAAUCAAAACAACUUCUUCGAAGGAAUAUUGAUUUGAUUUAAAACUAAAGAACAGAAGAAAGCUCACACAAGAAUUUCAUAUAGGGGAAUAAAUUUUAAUAUACGAGUAUGAGAUCGGCGCAAUCAUCGUACAGGGAUCGAACCAAUGAGUUUAACAAUGUAGCUGUGAAUUUGAGGAAAUAUGACUCGUCACCGGCAUCGAGCAGCAGCGCAGUCGAUCGUGGAGGAGAGGCCAAGGCGGAGCUAAGUCAGCUGGCUGUAUCGUUUCAGUCGGAGUUCAAUAAAAAAGCUUCGAAGAUUGGGCUAGGGAUUCAUCAGACCUCGCAGAAGCUUUCUAGGCUCGCAAAAUUGGGAAAGAGAACAUCAGUUUUUGAUGAUCCCACAUUGGAGAUUCAAGAGUUGACAGCUGUGAUCAAGCAGGACAUUACUGCACUUAAUUCCGCUGUAGUAGAUCUGCAGCUCAUGUGCAACUCCCAAAGUGAACAUGGAAACAUGUCUACAGACACUACAACCCAUUCAUCCACUGUUGUUGACAACCUGAAAAGUCGAUUGAUGAGCACAACAAAAGAGUUCAAAGAAGUCCUCACCACGCGGAACGAGAACUUGAAGGUUCAUGAGAACAGAAGGCAGCUAUUUUCUUCAACUGCAGCAAAAGACUCUGCUAAUCCUUUUAUUCGGCAGCGUCCUGUAGCUACCAGAGCAGCUGCUGCUAGUAGUUCUGCAUCUAUAUCUCCCCCUCCAUGGGUUAAUAAUUCUGCCUCCUCUUACCAGUUACCUCUUAGAGAUAAGCUAGAAGGGGAAUCCCAGCCAUUGCUGCAACAGCAACAAAGUGAACAACAACAGCAACAGUUUGUUCCUUUACAAGACAGUUACAUGCAAGGCAGGAGUCAGGCCCUUCAUAGUGUUGAGUCAACCAUUCAUGAGUUGAGUAGCAUUUUCACACAAUUGGCAACCAUGGUUUCUCACCAAGGAGAACUGGCAAUUAGGAUUGAUGAAAACAUGGAGGACACACUGUCAAAUGUGGAAGGGGCACAAGGGCAAUUAGUCAGGUACUUUAACAAUAUAUCAUCAAACAGGUGGCUGAUGAUCAAGAUAUUCCUGGUAUUGAUUGUUUUCCUCAUGAUUUUCCUAUUCUUUGUAGCCUAAAUCUUUCUAUAAAUCUCAAUUAAAAAGACCCAUUAUUUUUAUUUUCCAUUUCCUUUUUCUUCCAAGCAAUCUGUAAUUAAAUGUACACAGAACCCAAAAAAAUGCUGUUUGCGAAAGAAAAAACACAACAGCUCUGACUUGUUUUUUGUCAUUGAUUCCUUCUCUCUAUACUGGAUACUAUAGAGUAAUAGCCCAUUGGUUGUAAUGGAAUCCAGGGAUUCUUUCUUGAUCAAUUUCCACAACCGAGAAAUUAAAGUACAGUAUUUGAUAAAUAUGAAAACUUGAGCUCUGG